UGGACAAAACCCUAAAACCUAGGGCACUUGUCCCAUCCAUCCCCUCACCCGCCGCCGCCACUUUUCUCACCAUCCACAUCGGGAUCUUGCCCGACCCACCAACCAGUGCACAGCCAUUCAUCUCCCUCCUCACCUUCGGCCAACGACCAACCAAGGCCGCGCCCGAUCCCCCCAGCGCCGCGGCGACGACCGAGCCAUCCCCGGCGAAGCCCCUUCUUCUCCUCCAUCUCUCUGCGCCUCCUCGCGCGCGCCGUGACCACCCCUCAAGACCAGCAUCGCCGCCUCUGCCUCGUCGAGCAGCACCAUCCACCAGGCCGCCGCAUCGCCAGGAGGUUGCUGCAUCGGCACGGACACGGAGCACCACCUCGCAACUCCGCCGCCGUGCUCUCCCACCUCCUCCCUGACCAGUACAACCACGACAUGAGCUCCAUCCCCCAACGCAUUCGCGCCUCCGUCCUGAACUCCUCCUGCGCCUGCACAUGUUGCCAUGGCUGCUCGGGACCUUCUUCUGCCAAGAUUCAGCUCCGUCCUCCACGCCCGACAAAGCCUGCACCGCCGCGCGCCUGCAUCCGCGACGAAGACGACGUCGAUGGCUCCUGCUUCCCCUGCCGUGUGGCCCGCCGGAUCCGCCGUCUGCCCGCUCCUCGUCGGAGUGCCUUGCAAGCGCCUCGACCUCUCCCGGGACGCCGAUCCGCGCCUCCCUCUGUCCCCUGCAUCGCCUCGUCGCCGGAGUAGAAGCUCCGUUCGCCAAGCGCCGCACCCCUGCUUCGUUUCGCUGCGGGAGGAGCUGCGUCGCCCCUCUGCUGCUGCUUCCUUGGACGAGCGCCCUCGCCUGGGCAUGUUGGUCCCUGCCGCUGACCUCUUCUUCCUCUGCAACGAGCAGAGCGCAGCCGCUCGCCCCGUUGACCAUGCCUGCUCAUCCGCGCCCCUGGGCCGCCUCCACCGACAAUCGCCAAGGCCCAGGCGCUUCCUCCCCAGCCAGCCUCCUUCACCAACGGGCCGAAGCCCAUGGUGACUUCUUUGAUGGGAAAGAACCAAACCGUGAAGCUACUGCGGGUGAGUUGAAGAUGUUGCAAUACAAUGCUC